AUGGGUGAGUGUCCACUCUAACAAUCCGGCAACAUUGCUACAAAGUAUUGUUGUACUAUUUUCAAUAAGGCUUCCAUUUUGGAGCAUUAAUUUUCCUCCCAUAAAUGUGAGUGUAUUACCCUUUGGAAUUAUGUAUUUUUAAUCUGUUAAUAUAGUGUGUCUUAAAUGAGGAAAUCCCUAUUCCACAGCAAAUGAAUUAAUCCUGCUUCUAGUAUACACGAAUGAGAAGGUAGAUAACAUAACCAGACCAUUUUUAGUCUGCACAUUCUCAAAAGUUUUUUGGGUUUAUUAAAAAUAGUCAUACAGGCUAACUCGCUGAAGCUUUCAUAAGUUGAAGAAAAAGAUUAAUUAAAUUAGCCUUUUUCUGUGGUUACAUUCUACGUGUAUCUAGGUCAGUCUGGGGAUUUACAGAAUUUUAACUACCAUACCGAAGGGGGUAUAAAUCUAAAUCUUUGGGAGAAAACUCCUUUAUGUGUUAUUUAUUUUAAAGUUUUAAAAGAUUGUAUUUGAAACUUUUUUAAACUAAUGUUACUUCAGAACCCAGUGGGUGUUUUAUAAAAAGUUAAUUAUUUUGGUCAAUGAUGCUGUAACAUUAACUUUUUUUUUUUUAGCUGUCUUGGGUGACCACUCCUGCUCUAAAAUGUCCUGUAUGCUUAUUAGAAGUUUUAUUAACCACAAAUUUCUAAUUGACCAGCGGUCUUAAAAUCCAUUCAUGGGUGGGGUUUACAAUCUCCCAGGGGAAAGCAUUACCUAUUUAGUGGGUAUCACGUAGACAUGUGUUACAUGAAUAGUGGGGAUAAGUUGUAUUUAUAUCAAAAAGGAACUAUCUUUGGAUAGUUAGAGUACUGAAAGGUACUGAGAGUCCUGUUGGGUAAAGUCUAUAAACAGGAACGCUGAAUGGAUGCUGAACAUGAUGAUGCAUUUCAUAACCCAUCAGCAAUUGAUAUAUUCUGGGUGACAUCAUGCACAUUGCAUACUGAAUCCUCAUGCCAUCCAUUGUACCAUUACUGUUUAAUUCAACACCUAAUUUUAAUAUCAAACAUUACUUGCAAAUUCAACAGUUACAGGGUAAAGGGAUUAAUUAGCAAUUGAAUGCUUGUUCAAGGCCUUUGUCCUAAGCCUAGCCUGAGGAUGAGCCACUCCCUGUUCUACCACACCUUAAAAACCCUUGGACCAGUAUUGAACCUCAGUCUGUAACUGGUUGUUGAUCCAGCACAGUCAAGUCUACUCUGUCAGAGGCAGCAGGUUGACCACACUUGGUUUAUGAUGAUGACUGAUAUCUAUGAGAACCUAGAAGAUCAAAUUGGUGAUAUGUUCCAACUAAUUAAAAAGUUAGGCCAGGGCAGCUUUGGCCAAGUCCUGAUGGCUAAGGAAAGAAAAUCAGGUGAGUUUCUAUGAUUCCACUAUUUAACUUUUUUUUUUUUUUAUAUAUAUGCGUGUGACUGUUACAAUCAAUGCCAUUGAAGUUUAUUAUUUAAAAUGACAUUUUAAUAACUUUGUCUCUUGUAAACAGGAGAAUCGGUGGCAUUAAAGAUGGUGAGCAAAGAUCGAAUGGAGCUAGAAAACUUUCUUACCGAAGUCCGCUUCGCUUUCCAACUUUCCCAGUGUCAUAGGAUUAUAACCACCCAUGCUACCAUUAUUGAAACAAUGGAUUAUUAUAUUUUCUCCCAGGAGCUGGCCACAGCUGGCACACUUCACUCAAUCAUUGAGACCGAGGUAAGAAAGAAAUUAUAGUUAGAGUGUGUGUGUGUGUGUGUGUGUGUGUGUGUGUGUGUGUGUGUGUGUGUUUUUUUUUGUAUUGCUGACAUAUGUGUAGACAAUAAUAUUAAAAAAAAAUUUUAAGCCAGAGAGGGAAAGCAAUUAAUUCCUAUCCAUUAAGCAUACACACUGCAUAUUAUAUACACACUCACAAUAAAAAUAAUAUAUAUAGGCUUUGUUUAUGUAUUAACCCCUAUAUACAUGAAAUACACAUAUUUAGAAUUCUAAGGUAUUGUGUGUGUGUGUGUAUAUAAUCAUACAUGCCUCAACGUGUUUUUUUUUGUUUUUUUUGUAGGUUGGAAUUCCAGAGGAGAAAGUUAAGCGCUGUGCGGCACAGUUAGCAGACGCUCUGGAAUACAUGCAUAGCAGAGACCUAGUUCACAGGGACUUGAAGACAGACAAUGUCUUACUUAUGGACAAGGAAUGUUACCAGGUUAAACUGGGUGACUUUGGGUUCACCCAGCCCGUUGGCACCCUUGUCUCAUCCAUGUCACACAUUAUUCCGUACAUGUCUCCAGAACUUUGCCACCUUCAGAAGGAUGAGUUCCUUGUUGUUCACCCCAGUCUGGAUAUCUGGGCCCUUGGAGUCCUACUGUAUGUGAUUCUUACUGGGUUGUACCCAUGGGAAGGAGCUGUAUGGCAUGACCAGGACUUCAAGAGGUUUGCUGAAUGGCAAGAAAGUGGAGACUUGGAUUUCCCCCCUCUGGACUGGGGCAGAUUCACCAGGGAUGCAAUUAAAAUGUUCUCCCGGUUGCUCUCUUUGGACCCCACUGCAAGACCCUCCAGUGAUGGUGUAUUGGAAUAUUUAAGAGUAUCUUGGAGCUUUAACCAAAGUUUCAUUGAAAUGGACAUUGCAGAGGAAGUGGAAAUUGAAACAACAGUGUGCUAG